AUGCUGAAACAUCCUACAUCUCCCACUCAUCAGUGCCUCUUACUCUCCCUCUUGUUGUUGGUGUGUGGUUGGAACAAGGCAGCCUGUUCUCUCGGGGAGGGCAGGAAGAUUUGGCAGCAGCCCAAGCCGGACCCCAUCAUCCAAGACCAGUCUUUCCUUCACGACAACUUCCCUUCAGGAUUCCUUUGGGGUUCAGGGACGUCUGCUUUCCAGACAGAGGGAGCCUGGGAUCAGGAGGGGAAAGGCCCUUCUAUCUGGGACCAUUUCACCCACUCCACUGUUAGUGUUAAUGUGGCAACCGAGAAUGCUGAUGUGGCCAGUGACAGCUACGCUCGCUGGGAAGAAGAUGUGGAGGCGCUGGAGUAUCUUGGUGUAAGAUCAUACUCUUUCUCUCUCUCCUGGCCCAGACUCUUCCCUGAUGGCAAUGCCAGAGGUCAGCCCAACGUGGCUGCUGUGGAGCAUUACAGCCGUCUCAUCGAGAGGCUUCUGGAAAAGAAAAUUGAGCCCGUUGUCACGCUCCAUCACUGGGAUCUGCCACAGGUCCUACAGGAGCAAUAUGGAGGCUGGAAAAAUGACACACUGGUAGGACUGUUUCAGGAGUAUGCUGCGUUUUGUUUCCACACAUUUGGGAGCCGUGUUAGGUACUGGCUCACUAUGCGUGAUCCAUACCUGGUGGCUGUACAGGGGUAUGGGACAGGUGUGCACGCUCCUGGAGAAACAGGGGGUCCUGCUGGCUCUCUCAUUGUGGCCCACAACAUGAUCAGGGCACACGCCAAAGCAUGGCACUCCUACAACAGCCACUUCCGUGCAACUCAGAAGGGUAAAGUAUCCAUUGUUUUGGGAUCCCACUGGGUUGAGCCUCAGAGAGGCAAAGCCACGGCUGCUAACGUUGAGCUUUGCCAGGAGUCAAUAGAGGCUGUCCUUGGCUGGUUUGCCAACCCCAUCUUUGGUGAUGGGGACUACCCAGCCUCUUUAAAGACCAAGCAUGGGGCCCUCUUGCCCACAUUCUCCCCUGAGGAGAAGCUCUGGAUACAGAAAACAGCUGACUUUUUCGCUCUGUCCUUCGGGCCUAACAACUUUCGAUUGGGCCACGGCCUGGUCCAGAAUGGGCAGACUGUGACCCCAGACCUCAGGCGCCUACUGGGCUGGAUAAAGCUGGAGUAUGGGGACCCGUGGGUGCUGGUGGCUGAGGGAAGUUGGUUUUCUGAAGCCAGUGUGGGAAAGGAGGACACAGUGGCCAUUUACCUGAUGAAGAAGUUUAUCAACCAGGUCCUGCAAGCUAUCAAAUUUGAUGGUGUGCAGGUAUUUGGCUACUCCGCCUGGUCACUGGUGGACGGAUUUGAGUGGAAUAAUGGCUUCAGUGUUAGGCGAGGCCUUUUCUACAUCGACUUCAGCCAAGCAAACCGGACCAGGACCCCCAAGACCACUGCUCAGUACUACAGGCGUGUUGUUGCUGACAAUGGUUUCCCUCAUAGUAAAACCUCCAGAGAGCUCAACGGCCGUUUCCCCUGUGAAUUUCACUGGGGUAUUGCUGACUCCACAUUGCAGGUCCACUUCUAUCCCUUCUCACCACAGUUUACUGACACCCAUUUGUACAGCUGGAACCUGACAGGAGACGGAUCAUUGCAUCCAGUCCCAGGGGUGACGAUGCCAACCAGACGAGCCCAGUGCACUGACUACUUGGCCAUUCGAGGUCAUCUUCGCCUGUUUACGUCCACUGGGGCAUCUCACUAUCGCUUUGCCCUAAACUGGUCUCUGAUUUUACCCCAGGGAGACCUCUCUCAUGUGAACACAGAAGCUCUGAGGUACUACCGUUGUGUCCUGACCGAGCUCAAGAAGCUGGACCUGGAGGCUGUUGCUAUUCUCUACUACCCCACACACAGAGCUCCAAAUCUGGGCUUGCCUGGGCCACUGCAUGCGGCUGGUGGUUGGCUCAACCACAGCACAGUGGAGGCCUUUCAGGAAUAUGCAGCUCUGUGCUACCAGCAGCUGGGGAACUGGGUCCCAUACUGGAUCACCAUCAAUGAGCCAAACAGACUGGUAGAUGUUUACUCCAGUGGGAAAGAGAUGCAUCAGGCGGCUCAUAACCUUCUUCUGGCCCACGCGAAAGCCUGGAGGCUGUAUGAGAGGGAAUACUCUGGUCAGUGGAGAGCAUUGGUAUCACUCGCAUUACACGCCGACUGGGCAGAACCUGCAAACCCCUUCCUGGAUUCGCAUACAGCAGCAGCAGAGAGAUUCCUUUUGUUUGAACUUGGUCGUUUCUUAGACCCAUUGCUGGGGACUAGAUAUGAGGAGAAGCAUCACAAAGGGGACUACCCGCAAGAAAUGAAGGCAUACCUGGAGGAGAGAGCUCGAGUAAUGGGCCUGCCGGGAUCCCCUCUUCCUACCUUUACUGAGACUGAAAGAGAAGAGCUGAGAGGGACAUUGAGUUUUAUCGCACUGAACCAUUUUACCAGCCGUUUGGUCUCUCCAUAUGCCCACACACAGGCCAUUUUUCAGCAGAAAGAACCCCCUGAUCACGGCUGUCUGACCCUUUCUGAUCCCACCUGGCCCACCUCCAGUCUGGGCCAGGCACUUGUACCCUGGGGCCUGCGGAAGAUCCUGAACUGGGUGAGCCAGAGAUAUGGAAGGGCUCUGCCUAUCAUCAUCACAGCCAAUGGGGUUGAUGACCAGGCUCCUGUGGAGGACAAACUCAGGCAACACUUUCUCAGGAGUUACCUGCAGGAGGCCUUCAAAGCUCACAAAUUAGAUGGAGUGAACUUGCAGGGCUUCUACGUGUGGAGGCUGCAAGAUCGGCAUGUCCCCCAGUUUGGCCUCUUCACCUCAGCCCACCACAAAUCCAAAGCCAAAGCCUCCCUCGCCGUCUACAGAGAGAUCAUCACUCGUGGCGGCUUCCCUGAGGACAACACCACGCAGACCUGCAGGCUCCGUGAACUGCAGGAACCUUGCUCUGUAUGUGCAUGGAUGUUAAAGAACAAAGCGAUGCUGGUCUUCGGAGGUUGCCUCGUAAUAACAGCUGUUAUGUUGGCAGCGCUUAUCAUCUUUGUCAUCAUCACCAAGAGAAAGCAAACAAGGGGCAGGGGGAGGCGGGUGAACAGGAUGAACAGGAGGAGAAGAAAAGAGGGUGUCCCUGUAUGCUCGUGCCCACCUGUUAAGUGCUAA